AUGGCUCUCCAACUCUCCAGCAACUUUUCGCAGCAGGGCUCUGUGGAUUGGGUUGCGCUCUCUGGUGGCUUUCUUUACAUCAGCAAGGAGAUACUUCAGCGUCUCUCCGGCUCAAGCUUGGAUCCGUAUACUGUGGCCGUCGGACACGCUCUCGGCAGUCAGUUUCGACUAUCCAGCAAAGGCCGGGUCAACAUGCAGAAGGCCUUGGACAAUAUGAAUGCAUAUGCAGGACUUCAGAAUGUGCUCUGGUUCGGCUUCGGGGUAAAGCAUCCUGCAAGGGCAAUAGGGACGACAGAGCAGGGCACCACCUUGGUAGCUUUGUGUGCUGCUUUGGCAGAAUGUUUCCCGCAUGAAACCGCAGCAGAGAUAUUGAACGACAUGGUGUUGUUAGACAGCAAUCUCGACAUGACUCCUUCCGUUGGCGAAUGGCUUGCGCUUAUCAAGUCUUGUGCUGGAAUAUUGUCAACGACGAUCUUCUCUGUACGGGCAGAGAAAUUGAUGGGAUUGGAAAACAGUGACAAACCCGCAGACCCAACUGAUAUUGCCACGGUUCUGAACGCCAUCGGGAAGAUCACAAAACAUGGGUGGGUAUCCAUUACCAUACAUGGUGGCAAGGAGGCCAGGUGGAUAGGAGCUUUGGCGGAAUGGCUCUUUGGCCUGACCAUUACCAUCACAAAUAACCAGGACGAAGUCGUAUACACCAGCUGCCCCGACGGCCAGAUCUCCCAGGUGAACAUCUGUUCUCAGUCCAGGCACGACCCACUGCAUCCGGAGUAUCGAGUGCCUAGAACGAGAAAUAAGUCUCUAGAAAUAGCAGACAGGACGUUCUACAUCGAGGCAGUAAACGAAGUUCUGACUAAAGCGCCUGGCCAUAAACCUUAUGGUGGCGAAAUGGAUACGCCAACGAUGAACGGCCGUGUGCGGUGGGAAAACUGCCUAUAUGCAGUAUUUGGUGUGCUGUUCAAAGAAUUGAUGAAAAGGCCUGACCGCGUCGCGAGUGUUGUGAACGCCGCAGCAAGGAUAUACAGUGCUAUAGCGACUGCAGAGGAAGGCGUACCGAUAGGUGUUUUAGAAACUAACGUGCUGUAUGUUGAGUCGUCAUUCGGGCCGGCCUUCAUUCAUAACUUGCUCCAGUGGUUCCCAGAACUCUUAGCAAUCAAACAAUAUCUAGAUCAAGAUUCCGAUACCCAAACCUACAAAGAUGCGGCAUCAAAAUAUCGAGUGUCUUUAAAAGACAUACGGGAUGAUUGCGGUUGCAGACUGUGUGCGGGGCUGGACACUGAAGCAAAAGAGAAAGAAGUCAAUUGCCAAGUUGUUCUCGUGGAGCUAAUACUUCGAAUUGGACGGCUUCUUUCCGUCGUUGACUGUGCCGAAGGUCUUUAUCCAAAGUUUAACGUGCAUGUAUAA